CCUUUUUUCAGGCGGGCUUGACGCUUGUUUCUCGUCUCGUUUUUUUUCUCCCACCCUGCCAGUGUUGAGAAAGCAGUACGGACACCCGUAACCGUCGGUAUUUACCUGUCAAGAUACGGAAUAACGUUACCCGCCGAAUAUCGUGGAUUAUUUCUAGUUUCGACAAGCAAAGUGCUAAAGAUUAUCUUCACGGUCCAGCCAUGGGUAUGAGCGGGGCAGCGUGGAGGGGAGAGGGGGAUUUAAAUUUCUCUUUCGCCCCAACAGCUUCUUUUGAUUUGAAGUAAACGGUGCACCGGAGCUGAACCCAGCUGUGUUUCUUUGCACUGAGAUUUUAAAAAAAAAGUUAUUUUUUUAUUAUUUUUCAAACAGCAGAAAUUUAUAUACAGGAGUUUGUUUGUUUUUGUUCAUAUAUUUGUGAGUUUUUUCGGUUUUCUUGGGAGAGCCGAGGUGGCAAACUGAAAGCGACUCACGGAGUCGGGACUGACCACUGGAGUUGGUCCUGAAAAUGGAGGCUGUUAUCGAGAAGGAAUGCAGCGCGCUUGGAGGACUCUUCCAAACUGUUAUCGGAGACAUGAAAAGCAGCUACCCUAUUUGGGAGGAUUUUAUCACCAAGGCCGGCAAAUUGCAGUCGCAGCUCAGGGCGACGGUAGUUGCUGUGGCCGCUUUCCUGGAUGCCUUUCAGAAAGUGGCCGACUUGGCCACCAACUCAAGAGUUUCAGUCCAAGACCAGCCUGGCAGUAUACAUUUCCUGUCUUCUGCCCAGCCCAGACCUAGAUCCCAUCCACUAGGCGGGACCAGGGACAUUGGAUCAGCGCUGACCAGGAUGUGUAUGAGGCAUCGCAGCAUAGAGGCUAAACUCAAACACUUCUCCAUGGCCUUUCUGGAGGGUCUAAUUAACCCUCUACAAGAACAGAUGGAAGAGUGGAAAAGAGGAGUCAACACUUUGGACAAGGACCAUGCUAAAGAGUAUAAAAGAGCCCGGCAGGAAAUAAAGAAGAAGUCCUCAGACACACUGAAACUUCAGAAGAAAGCAAAGAAAGCCGAUAAUCUAGGUCGUGGUGAUAUCCAACCCCAGUUAGACAGCGCCAUGCAGGAUGUCAGUGAUAAAUACAUUCUGCUGGAAGAGACAGAGAAGCAGGCCUUGAGGAAGGCUCUCAUAGAGGACAGACAGAGAUUCUGCUGUUUUGUAGCAAUGUUGCGGCCUGUAGUGGAUGAGGAGAUUUCUAUGUUGGGAGAGGUCACCCAUCUCCAGGCUAUCUCUGAUGACCUCAAAGCCCUGACCUCUGACCCACACAAGCUUCCCCCUGCUAGUGAACAGGUAAUUCUGGACCUGAAGGGCUCAGACUAUGGUUGGUCUUACCAAACCCCGCCCUCAUCCCCCAGCACCACAAUGUCCAGGAAGUCUAGUAUGUGCAGUAGUCUGAACAGCGUUAACAGUAGUGACUCCAGGGGAUCCAGUGGCUCUCACUCUCAUUCUCCUUCCUCCUCUUCUUCCUCCUCUUCCUCACACCACCUCUUCCACCACCAUCACCCCCGCCAUCGGUACCGCAGCUCCACGCUACCCCAGCAGGCCCCAGCUCGGCUCUCUAGCAUCUCCUCCCACGACUCGGGCUUCAUUUCUUCAUCACAUGACCAAUACACAUCGUCCAAAUCAUCCUCGCCCAUGCCAGCUGAAACAAAGCCUUGUCCCAGUUCCAGGUCCUCUGAGGUGUCAGAGACUGGGCAGCUUCACAGUGACUGCAGCUCCCCCCCUUCUCUAGCUGCUGCUACUGCACCUCAGCACAUUACUGACAAGUUGUCCAAUGGUUUUGACCACUACAGUCCAGCCAAUUCCCCAUACCUGCAUAGCAACGGGGGAAGCUUGGGGUCAGGGUCAGGCACUGCCUUCCCCUUCUUCCCUACUUCCUCCUCCUCAUCCUCCACCUCUUCCUCCUGCCCCACCCGUUCAUGGUCACGUCCCGCCUCAGCCUUGCUUCCAGACUACCCUCACUACUGCACGUUGGGGCCAAUGGUGCCUUCAUCACGAGUCCCCAGCUGGAAGGACUGGGCUAAGCCAGGCCCUUAUGACCAGCCCAUGGUCAACACACUGAGGAGGAAGAAAGACAAGGAGACUGCAGCUGUAGUGGACACUAAUGGUAGUGCGAAUAAUGACAGGAUCCCGGCCUCAUUAGCGCCGGCUCCCGCUGCACUACAGACGUCGGCAUCAGUGGAGGAGAAGAACAGGACUGUGGCUGCACCUCUCAAGGCUAGUGAUAUUGAGGCCCAUGAAGAACUGGCUCUGGCCUUAUCCAGAGGUCUGGAGCUGGACACCCAGAGGUCCAGCAGAGACUCCAUCCAGUGUUCUAGUGGUUACAGCACACAGACCAACACACCCUGCUGCUCUGAAGAUACAAUACCGUCACAAGUAUCAGACUACGAUUAUUUUUCAAUGGCUGGAGAUCAGGAGCCUGAGCAGCAGCAGAUGGACUUCGACAAGUCCUCCACCAUCCCCAGAAACAGUGACAUCAGUCAGUCCUACCGACUCAUGUUCCAGAGCAAACGGCCAGCCUCCACAGCCGGUGUGCCCAGCACACAGGCUCCUUACCCCGGACAGGGUGCCUACCCUGCAGGGCCCUAUCCCUCCACACCUAUCCAUACUGGAGCUUAUCCUCCUACCCCUACAGGCUCAGGUCAAGGCUUUUAUUCUGGAUCCAGCUCCCAUAAUGCCUCUGGCUCCUAUUCUACAGGUCACGGUCCAGUUAUCGUUACGCCUGGGGUGGCCACAAUCCGCCGCACCCCUUCUUCAAAACCUUCCGCCCGCCGCUCAGGCUCUGUUGGAGGCACAGGUCCCAUCCCUAUUCGUACGCCUGUCGUCCCAGUGAAAAUCCCUACAGUGCCAGAUAUGUCAGGAGCAGUUAAUGGGAACAGGAGUGCAGAAGAAAUGGGAGGAGGGGGUGGAGGAGGAGGUGGAGGUGAAGAAAGCCCAGAUUCUCCAACAUUUGCAGGGGGAGGGGAUGCCGGCACGCUGCCUAUGGUGUCCUGGAGUGGUCAGGCCACAACCAAUCCUCCCAGUGUACCCCUGCCCAACCAGCAGCACUUUCAAAGUGAGAUAGGCCAGGAAGGAGGAGGAGAGGAUGACGGAGAAGGGGGAGAUGGCAACAUGCUAGUGGCCAUCCGUAAGGGGGUCAAGCUCAAGAGAACCCUGACCAACGACCGCUCUGCACCACGCAUCGCAUGAUGACUUGACACAAGAAACGUGCGCUCAUAUGAGCUCACCUGUCAGUUUAUUUGUAAAUGAGGUAAAAGGCUUUGCUGAUAGAAACACGAUGUACAGAAUCAAAAGGCUUCUUACGCUAGUAUGAGAAAUCAAUUAGACCUGUUCUACAUGUAGCGUUUUUCAUUCUGUAAAUCUCCACCUGUGAGAAUCCCUCACUGCAGAAGCUGUUUAUAAUGAUUCAGAGAAGAGAAAAUAUAGAAAAUAUCUAAAGCCAGGUUUGUUAACAUAUUGGUUUGGGGCUGAAGUGGAUGAUAGGCCCACUUGUGGUAGUUGAAUUGAGUAGUAGAGUAAUUGUAUUAGCCUGUGUGAGUACAAGGAUAAGACCUCAUUUGUCAGAUAGGUCCUUGAAUAAAGGUUUUUGGCCUGAGCACUAAAAUGUUUUUGCAAAUCCGAGCCCACAGCUAUGUGAUGAAAAACAUCACAUGAUCAUUUCAGGACAAUAAAGAUGUUUUACAUCUAGUAUUGGGACAGAUAUUUGGACAAAGACAUGUGUAUGCCUCUUCUCGGUGAAAAAAAAACCAAACAGUGUGUGUUAUGUGUAAACACUCAUUGUUUCGGGAGUGCAUUGUACCAUCGUGGGAUGACUAAGCAUUCCAACUGCCAAGCAACUUGGCAGAAGGAGCACAACAACAAACGCAAAUACUACACAGCAUCAGAGAGCAAUAUUCAGGUGCACUGGAGAGCGGCGACUCCAGUUGGAAUCUCCUGAACUGCAUUGACUGCUUUACUUGGAGGGACGCCCUGAUGGCUGAAGGAAGGUGCUGCGCUGUCAAAGCUGUCUUCCACUCACAGUUCAAACACUUGAAUACGUGAGACGUCCACAGAGCCAAUAUGGGCAGGGGGUGUGACCAAUAGAAAGCAAAUGACCUGACUUUGUGUUAAAGUCAAAGUUUUGGGAGACUACAGUGUCACACGAGUGAUACAGUGAAACACUACAAGUUAUGUCCUGUUUUAGUUGUUUUAGUAUUUACAUGAUGUGUAAAUAAUGUUUGCACGUCUCUGUUGCUGAGGAGUCUGUGGGUCUGUCUCACUCUCUGUAUUCUUUUCUCCUUGGUGCCAUAAUCAUCAGUUUCACAUCCUUGAACCGGAUUUCAUAUAAUGCAGAUCAAACCCACAUUGCCUUUGGAUGUGAAUUUUUUUUUCCGCAUAUAUUUUUCCAGUAUGGAUAUCAUUUAAUCUUCAAUAUCUACAUGCUGGGCUUUGUAGAACUCCUCAGUGGUUUGUGUUUAUACAGUAUAUUAGCCCUUAUAUAUUAGCCCCUUCUUUUAUGUAGCAUUUAUUAGCCAUACUGCAACCUGCUGCGCAAUGAUUGCUCAUAACAUUACUAAUUAAUGUCAACGUACAGACGUGCCAUGUCAGAACUCAACAUUAAUUCAAAUUUAUAUAUAUUAAAAAACAUUUUAUAGAAGUUAAUGAGGAAAAAUAUUUUUGGAUGUUUUGAAAGUUCUCCGAGUCUAAAGGUGUUCAUCAGUAAUGCCAUACUGUUUUUAUUGUUCUGUCCAGUUGCUGUUAUAUUGAACUCUUUGUUGGCUUUCAAAUGCAUGUAGCGUCCAUGCUCCCGUCCUUCUGAUUAAUUAGGUUUUUACAUAUGACAUCUCCACGUUUUAUGUUUUUUUUGUAAUGGCAUCAAAUGUGACAAGGCUGGUACAUACAGAUUGUGUUGCCUGAUUUAAAAAUCUAUUUAUAAUUUAAGAGAUACAGCAUGUCACCAUAGGUUCUGUUUUUAUCUGGACAGUAAGAUGUUUUGAAGAUGUGAGGCAUUUCCCUCAGACUGCAGCAUUGUAGGACUAUAGGCUAAACGCAGUUAAUAUCCCUGAGUUGUCAUCUGUACUUUAUUUUUUAAUUUCAGUUCAAGCACUGUGAGACCAUGGCUACUACAAGAUGUAUGAAACUGUAAAUGUUAUUUAGCGUACAAGUUAGUCCAGAAACUCACACAUUUUUAAUUU